UGUUAAGUUUCUGGUUAUAUCUUUGAAUCACAGAAACAUGUUGAUGAUUUUUAUGAGCAGCAGAGAAAAUUUGCUUGCAGAGGAAGGGGAAAAAAAAACAAGUUAUAAAAGCUGGUAACGCAAGCUCAUCUAACCAUAUACUUUUAUCUUCUUCUUCUUAUUACAUCCAUACACAUCAUAGUUUCAUAACCUAUACAUAGCUAAUUUUUAGUAAAAUCCAGUCGUAUUUUCUAUUUUUCACCCAUUAGGACACAACCAUAUCUUCACUUCUACCACUUUCUAAACAUAGAAAUUAGCCCCAUGACUUUGAAUCGGUCAAAAUCUCUUUCUCUUUCUUGUCUCAUUGUCUCUUGUCUUAUAUCAGCUUGUCUCUCCUCCCACAUUUCUCUCCAUCCCCCUGCAUUCCCUUCCCACCAGGAGAAAUCUAAGGAACCGAACUCGCCAAACCCAUCAAACAAUGCCCUCAAACAAACCAUCUUCCAUCUUCCCUCUACAUCACAAACCAACACCAUUAAAACCUUCAAGCAGUACCAACACCACAAACCAAGCAUGCGCUGCAUGCAAAUACCAACGUAGAAAAUGCGCUCCAGAUUGUCUUCUCGCUCCUUAUUUCCCUCACGACCGUCACCGCCAAUUCCUCAACGCGCAUAAGCUCUUUGGUGUCAGCAACAUCACCAAGAUCAUCAAAGACCUUAGCCCUCCUGAGAAAGACGCCGCUAUGCAUACAAUCAUGUUUCAGUCUGAUGCUCGUGCCAAUGAUCCCAUUGAAGGUUGCUAUAGCAUCAUAAGAAGGCUUCAGUACGAGAUCGAAUAUAAUAAAAAUGAAUUGGACAUGGUUCAUCAUCAACUGGCUGUUUUCCGUGACCGUGCUCAUAAUCAUUAUCAAGAACCGCAUAUGCAGAUGCAAGAACCUGAGGAUCUCUCGAGUUCUUGUGAUCUAAACAACAACAACGUGGUUCCUUACAGUUACCCUCUUCAUCAUGUCCAAGAACCAAACCAACAGCAACAACAAUAUUGUUCUUCUGGAAACUUUAAUGGGUUACAAGAAGACAUGUGGUGUCUUCAACUUCAAGAAUCAUCAACCACAGUGAAUAUGAAGGGUGGCUUCAUUGAUGAAUGCGAAGACGUUAAGCCUGUAGAAGAGAUUUCUAACGAGUUCGACCAUCAUGAUGGUUUCGUUGAAGACAGUAAACUCGACUUGCCUUCCGCACAAUUCAUUGUUUCUUCUUAGCUUUUUUUUUUCUUGAUUUAAAAAUCAUUUUUCUAGGACUAAUUAACAUCCCCCUCAUUGAUCGAUUUCAUUAGAUUUUUUUUAACCUUACUUUGUUUUCUUUCGAAUCUCAAUAGAUGUUUUUCAAUAUCUGAUUUGGUUAAAUUUGUUAUAGGAUUAGACGUGAAAGUGACAUGUAACUUUCAAGAUAUA